CUCCAUAAAAGGGUUUUGAAGUUCCAGUGUCUUUGCAUUUGAAUUCGGAUUUUGGGGUUUCUUCCCUCCAUUUUCAAGCCAUGGAGAAAGAGAAUACUCUAACUGAUAACCCUUCUUCUCAAGAAGCCGUAGUUGUGGAGAUGGCUGCUGAGCCCUCUGCAUCAGUAGAUGGAGCUUUGUCGAAAGGUAUGGAUUUGGGUUCACAAGUAGGGGAAGCUUCUGGUUCACAAGGGAUUGAGGGAUCGAGUGAGAAAGCCCUCGAAUUUGCAGAUGAAUUGAUGGAGAAAGGGCGUGAGGCCAUUAGGUCUGAUGAUUUUGUUGAAGCAGUUGAUUGCUUGAGCAGAGCUCUCGAGAUCAGGGUUCAGCAUUAUGGUGAACUUGCCCCCAAGUGUGCAAUGUCCUAUUACCAUUAUGGGCGUGCAUUGCUCUACAAAGCACAGGAAGAAUCUGAUCCACUAAAUGUUAGCGUAACAAUGGCUAAGAAAGCAGCCAGUUCUUCAGGUCCUGGAAAAAUGGAUAUUGAUCUGAGUAAAGGGAAGGGUGUUGCAAAUGGUGAAGCUUCGACAGCCUCUGAUGGUCUGAAGGAUAGUUCCAAUAAGGGCAAAGAGAGUGAAGGCAGCAAUGGCAAUGAAGAAAACGAUGAUGAGUCCAGUGAAGAUGAUGGUGAUGGUGUGGAAGAUGAUCAGGGUGUUGAUGGGACGGAGGAAGAAGAAGAAUCAGAUUUGGAUCUCUCGUGGAAAAUGCUUGAUAUUGCUAGAGUAAUAAUAGAAAAGAAUCCUGUUGAUACACUGGAGAAGGUAGAUGUUAUUUCAACUCUGGGAGAUGUCUCCUUGGAAAGAGAGGACUUCGAGACUUCUUUGGGUGACUACUUUAAGGCUCUUUCUAUUCUGGAGUCCCUUGUUGAAAAAGAUAACCGCCAGUUAGCUGAAUUGAAUUUCAAGAUAUGUUUGGCAAUGCAGUUGGCCGACAGGCCUGCAGAUGCAGUGAAGUAUUGCGAAAAAUCUAUGUCAGUGUGUGAAGCUCGGCUUCAGCGUCUCACAUCAGAAGUGAGUGAGUCGACUGCUAAAACCACAUCAGUGGAUAAUGAGAGCUUCUCAGUUGCUUUGGAGGAGGAUAUAACCAAGUCAUCAGAAGGAAAUGAUUCCAAUACUUCUUCGGUUCAGGAAAAGAAUAGUGAGAUAGAGACCCUUAAAAUGCUCUUGGUUGACCUCAAGGAAAAGCUUGAGGACCUGCAACAGAUGAUGUCAAGUUUGACAAACCCACUGAUACAGGCCACCGAAAAACUCAUAUCCACCAUUGCUGAGAAGGCAAAGGAAGAUUCUUCCAUGUCUUCACGCAUGGGAACCGAGACCUGUGGCUUCGACUCACCAAAGCUCACAACCAUCACCACCACUACAAAGAGCACUGAGGUAACUCAUCUUGGGGUGGUUGGAAGGGGAGUGAAGAGAGCUUCAGCUGUGCAAGUCAUGGAAUUGGAGAACUCUGAGAAGGGGCCUUCUUUGGGUUCAUCAGUGGAGAACUUUGAUAAUAGUGGUGAUAUCUCUGAGAAGAAGCCUUGUACGGAUUCAUCAAUGGAGAAUUCUGACAAAAAUGGUGAUAUCUCUCAGAAUAAGCUUUGCAUGGAUUCAUCAAUGGAGAACUCCAAAAAGAGUUGUGAUAUGUUGGAGAAGAAACCUUGUGUGGAUUCAUCAAUUGAGAAUUCUGAAAAAAGCAAUGCUGCCCCUGAAGUUUUAGGAGCAGGGAACCAAGUUACUGAAACUGGGAGCCCAGUUACUGAAACCAUUGAUGGGUAGUUUUUAAGCAAUCGCAGCUUGUUAAAUCGGGUAAAAUGGGUUUAAACUGAAGAGCUUAACUGAAAGUCGGAUCAGUUUUGCAUUAAGUGGGCGUCGAGAGCGUGGUUUUACUUGUAAUUUUGUCAUUUCCUUUUGGACCGCCCUUUGGUCUACAAGUUUUAAGAAUGUAUUGAUAUGCCUCUUUUUAUUAUAGAAUGCCAUGUUGCAUAU